AUCAAAAUCCUGAAGAGUUUCAAACGGAAUGCUAUAAGUUUGAUAAAGAGAUAUCUAAUAUAAAUUCAGCCGGUGAAACUGAUUAUGCAGGAGAUACCUGCUCUGGCGAAAUAUUUCUAUCAAGUGCUAGCAAAUUAAAAGAAGACAGUAUUGAUGAGUUAAAAUGUGAGAAUGUUAGUGGAUCGUAUAAAGAUGGUAACUUUGGGUCAAAGACGGACAACAUGGACACCGAUUUAGACACUAUAGAUCGAGUAAAUGAAUUAUUUUGUAAUCUUAGAGAGGUUAUACAAUCGUUAAUGGAUAAACAUUUAUUUCCGUAUAAUGCAAGCUCUCUAGUUAAGAGGAUUAGAAAAGUAGAAGAGACGCUUAAUAGUCUAAAUUAUUAA